UUUCGUCGAUUUCGUCAAGUUCGCUACCUCCACCCCUACGUUUUUACAAUUUUUUUUUACAUCGACCCCUCCAAUUACGCGAGUCAGAAAUUAGUGCAGGUUCGUGAGUCCCUCGAGUCACAUGCGAGGGGUUUUCUCGAUUUUUAUCGGCAGGUGAAUGGAUUUCCUCACCGUUCCCUUAUCCGUCUGUUUCCGGCCGAAAUUUUCGGUCUAGACAGAUGAUCCCGGGAUCAUCAGAUUCUUAAUUAAAUUUACAAUUAUUUUUUAACGCGAUUGUGUUCUUUGAUUUUUAUUAGUUUUGGGUUGAAUUUUUCAGAAUUCAUUCGAUUGUUAGAUGUUAAAUCUAGUGAAGUGAGAUUGUGGGGGCCAUGAUGCCCUUCCAGAGAGAAUUAAAUUAAUUCAGUUCCGGUAUGAACGGAAUCACUUCAAAUUGCUGAGUGCAUGACUUUCCACAUUAGGAUUCGGAUUACGAGAAGUGUUUCCUUUGGCUAGUGAACGAGUAAUCAUUUCAGGAGCUGAUAAGAUACCCGCACUGCCGUGGCCUGAUAUUAAUCAAGAGAGCACAAACGGCCAAUAAAUCAUAAAUUUGGAGAAGCCAGAGGGAAUUUAUCCAGCAGAGGUGGCUCAACAGGCCUCUGCAAUGAAGGGCACGAAGAGAGAUUGGCUUUUUAGAGUGCAGGUGUCAGGCCUAAAAAAAAAUGAAUUUGUGUACGUAGUGGGUAAUCUCUCAGAGCUGGGUGCGUGGAACCACAACCAGUCGAUUCAGUUGCACCAGGAGACAUCAGGCGACUCGCCAGGUCACUCCACAGCCUUCGAGAGCAAUCAGAUGGACGAAUUAUUCAAUGAAGAAGGCAACAGCGCCUCAGACCUGAGAUUGGAGGACGAGACAGAGGAGGGAAGAAUUUUCUCGACAAAAGUCUCACUUCCAGCAGACGCUGAGAUUCACUUCCGGUACUUCGUGGCAGUUGUCUGUCAGUCGAAUGGCACUAAGAAUUCCGCCAAGACUCUGAUAAUCCGAAGGUGGGAGACCCACAUGCAUCCCAGGAGCAUCAAGAAAGAAAUUCCCAGCAAUUUUACUGAUGAAUCACUCCCUGAGCCUGAGAGAUUUGGCUAUCACAAUGGAUAUUGCAAGAUCGAGAGGGGAUGGCUCACAGACGAGACUGUCAUUCAGUUCAAACUAUUCAAUAAUCCCAUUAAACUGUGGAAGAAUAGACUGCAGAACAAGAAGUUGUAUAUUAAAAUGACACCUGUUAAUCUAGUCAGGCACAGCUCUGUUGAGAUGCCACAGUUCACUGGAGAGUGUGUUGAGGACAGUCUGUCAAUGGAUACACAGGAUAUCGUGGAUCAACCUGCAUUCAGUAUUACGGAGAUUAGUGUAAUGAAUGAUGAAGAGGCAACCUUCAGGUAUCAGCAGCAGUUUGGUCGGCCCUACGAAGAGGACGAGACAGUGAUAUUCAGUGUAGCAGUUCGAUAUCCAGACACCAUCGCAUAUCUUGUUGACUACUACGUCUACACGUCGAGAGUCUUCCCUGGUGAUUCACCACCUACUCACAUUGGAUUCAGCUACAUUCUCCCCAGUACUCUGCAGGCUAGUGUGGGAAUGCUGACAGUUCCUAUCACCAGUACCAAGCACAGGCCAAUUGGACAAUUGACUGUGGAGUACGUGACAAUUAAAGCAAUUGCUGAUUAUCCAUGGGACAUGAGUAUCUCUUACGCAAAACAUUGGGAGCAGAGGUGGUCAGGAUUGGACGUUGGGCACAGAGGAUUGGGUACGUCAUUCAAAUGUGAAAUGAAGAACUGUGCUAAUGUCAGAGAGAAUACAAUAGCCUCAUUGAAAACUGCUGCUGAUCACGGGGCAGACAUGGUGGAAUUCGAUGUGCAAUUAUCCAAGGACAUGAUACCAGUGAUUUACCACGACUUCCAUGUCUCCAUCUCCUUGAAACGCAAGAAGCAAAUCGACGCGAUGGAUAUGCUUGAAAUACCAGUGAAGGAUCUCACGUUGGAGCAGCUGCAUCUUUUAAAAGAUAUUAGUUACCCUGAAGACUCGAGAGGUAAAGUGCUGCAUUACUUUGAUAACGAUGAGCAAAGGGUUAAACUGGUUUAUCAUCUGGCAGAGGCGCGGGAGAAAAAUCCCAGGUUCUUCGACGAGGAUCUGGAGGAUCAUCAGCCAUUUCCCACUCUUCAGGCUGUCCUCCAGGAGCUGGAUAUGCACGUUGGGUGCAAUAUUGAAAUCAAGUGGACGAUGCAGUUGAAGGAUGGGACAUUCGAGCUGAACCAUCCAUUCGACCUGAACACCUACCUGGACAUAAUCCUGAAGGUCACCCUGGACCACGGAGGGGAUCGAAAGAUCGUCUUCUCAUCGUUCAAUCCAGACAUCUGUGCGAUGAUUCGCCUGAAGCAGAAUAAAUACCCAGUCGUCUUCCUCACCCAGGGCAUCACCGUCAAAUAUCCAACGUACCACGAUCCCCGUUGCCAGUCCAUCCCCAUGGCAAUGCUCCACGCCCUCUCAGCUGAUAUCCUAGGAAUAAACGUCCACACAGAGGACAUCCUCCGAGAUCCCUCCCACGUUCAAGUGGUGAGGGACAGGGGUCUCAUAAUAUUCUGCUGGGGUGACGACAACAACGACAAAGCAACAAUUCAGCAUCUCAAAAAAUUAGGCCUCCAUGCUGUUAUCUAUGAUAAAAUCGAUGAGUACAAUCAGAAAGAGGUGAAGGAGUCAAUUUUUCUUGUUGACGCCAGGGAGAAUCAAAAGGCACUGAUCGCCCUUGCCCAGUGUGUCGAUAAUCAGUCGAUGCCACCUGAUAAUGGAGACAAUGGAGUCACUCCCAGAAUUCAUAAUGCCAAGGGGAAUAUUUCGUCGUCAUCUCUUGCCAAUUCUGAUAUUUUUCCAAUGCCUGAGAGAAUAUCUGGGAAUGAGUCCGAUGAGGGUGAGAUCAGAAGUUUAGCCAAGGAUUUUAGUGAGUGUGCUAAUUCGUUUGGCGAUGGAGGAGCCAUCGGCGAGGAAGAGGACGCCAAUGAUUGCCUUUGAUGACGAGGGUUUAGAGGAAUUGCUGCGUGCUUUUGCGGGGAGAAAGAGUGCUUUGACCACAUACUAGAAUUAUUAUUUUUUAACGAUGGGAAAUAUUUGUGGAUCUUGCAGUAAAUCUUCAAGUCAUGAUUACUUUUUCCCCUCGGAUUCAAUUUUGAAAUUGCCUCGUCUCACGCCACGUCUUUAAAAAAUAAUCGGAGAUAUUAAUUAGAGAUCGGAUUUACUCGGAGUAUUUUUGCCACGGUAAUCUUAAGGUAAAUCUCUCUUUUCUUUUUAAAUUUUGAUUGAACUGUCGAGGAUAAUUAAUGCGAAUAGGAGAAUUAUAGAAAUGAGAGUUUAGUACAAAAAUAUUUCUCGUUCUCAUAUUGUUUUUAUCAACUUGCGGUGGUUUCUUCAUAUUUUUUUUCCUCGAUUUGUUUAGAGAAUUGGAUAAUUAUAGAAGGAAGUCUUGUCCGUGCAAUGAAUAUAUAUUUUUUUAGACGAAUCAGCAAACAUUGGAAUUUUAUUAUAAAUUCCAAUGCUCCUAGUGUUUGAUGAGCAGAGCUCGAUAUUGACAGCUUCCUUGUAAUAAAUUAUUCAUACUAAUUAGGGAAUUAUUCACGGUAUUAUUUUUCUCGAUAACGAUCGUCUGAUGCUCUGUUUUAAUUGAUAUAUAUUUUUUACUUCUAUGGGAUAAUAUUGCAGAAGACAAUUCGGUGAUUUUGGAAAAUGAGAUUUAAUCCGGAGGAUUUUCUGAAUAUCGGCGGGAGAAUUUCUUCUAAGACCUUUUCGUUUUCGAGGUAUUUACGAAAUAAUUGUUUUUUUUACAAAUCUAUUACUGCAAUUGUUUCAUGAUAAUCAUGAGAAAAUGACUGUAUGUCUCCUUUGAGAGUGUGAAGAGGGAAAAAAUCGAUAAUGAAUGAGGUAGUGAUGAUAAUAAUCCACGAGAUUCAUUUUGUAAUUUAUUUCGAAUGAUUCGAUAGCUCACCAGUUACUGGCUACAACAUAAUCGAUUUUUUUUUUAAUUAGAAUUUAUAGCUGUUGAUGAAUUAUGGAUUGAUUUGAAAAAAAAAAUAAAUUCGUACUUUCGAUUUGUAAUGAA